AUGAGAAGUUUAAGCAAGAUCUUAUUUAGGCGUCCUCAACUUUGGCUGUCACGAGUUACACCUGCUUUGGGUUAAAAGUCAAUGUUUAAAUACAGUGCAAGUAUGAAUUGUACCAAUUGUUUAGAUUCAAACCAUUUCUUAAAUAGCAAACUCAAAACCAUUCCCUUGCAGAAUUAUAAGGCAGAUUAGAGUGAAAUAGAUUCUAAAGUAGAGCCCACUGAUUUCUGUCUCUUUAGUUCAAUUCAGCCGAUCUUUCCCAAUAAUCCCAUGAAUUGUCAGAUCAAAAUCGGAAAUUUGAAACGAAUCACCAAGCCACUCCUAUACUCCAUUAUUUCCCCUGACAACGGAGAGAUUUUCACUAUUGGCAUAGCUUUGAGUAAAUCAGUCGAAAAAAAUUUAAAUGCCGAAUUAAAACUCUUAGAAUAACGAGAUGCGAAUGGUAACAUUUUGAUUAAUGAUCCAAUAAGCAACACAUUUAAUUUAGAUAUAAUAUCAAAACAAGUAUGAGACUAAAAUAUUUAGAAAAAUUAUCGAUUCAAAAUAACUAAAAUAGAAAUGACACCCGACGGAAUAUUUGCUCAAGGAGUACCGUAUAAAGAUAGACCAUUAACAUAAGCAGAAUAAAUAAUCGAUAUCCAACACGAAAUUCGUAUGGUGAGUUCACUUGUACAAUAAAUAAGGAAAUUAGCCUAAUAUGAUAGAGUUGAAGUAUUAUCAGAAGUUAAGUAUUCCCUAUUGGAUUCUAGUGAAAAACUCACUCCCAAUUAGGUUGACGAAUUAGUGUUCUAAAUUGCCGCGGGUCUCUCCAAAUUAUUCACAAACAACCUGAAAAUGAAUACAUCCAAUUUUGUUUAACAAUUAUUGGAGAGUCAAACAUACAUUGAUAGACUCUUCAUUCUUAGGAAACAGUUGGAGAAUAUUUCAGGAGUACUUGAUCUAGUGAACAAGCAUUUCAAGGAGGCAGACUCCUCUCUAUUGAAGUUACAUCAAUAAACUCUAGCCAAAUUAGCAACUGAAUACAUUCGAUAAAACUAUUUGAAGGACGCUUCUCAAUCUUAAUAAUAAGGAGGGACUGCUGGAUCCUAAUAACUUGGUGGUGAUAAGGUACAUGUUUCUACAAUUAAUUUAAAGUAAUCAUCAUUAGUAAAAAAGUACUACGAUAAAUUAUCAUUAAUUACUGAUGAAUCCUCAAGAGAAAAAGUUAAACGAGAAAUCGAAAGAUUCAGUUUAUUAGAAAAACAGAGCUCAGAAUUUCAUAAAAUCAAUUCCUAUUUGGAUGAAGUCUUUAGUAUUCCGUUUCAAAAAUUUACAGUAAUCUAUUCAAAUGUAAGUAGCCUGUUCAAUGGGAUAUAUAAUUUGCAAAGGAUGUUCUUGACAAAGAAAUAGAAGGCUUAGAGAAAGUCAAAGAAAGAAUUAUUGAAAUGAUAUCAGUCAACAAAUUAAAGAAUGCAGGUUCUAAAGCUAAAGGGUUUAUUCUAUUGCUAAAUGGUCCCCCAGGAACUGGAAAGACAUCAAUAGCCAAGAGCAUUGCCAAAUCCUUAAAGAGAACUUCAAGAUUCAUUUCAUGUGCUGGAGUUGCAGAUCCAACUUUCUUCAAGGGACACAAACGUACUUACGUAGACUCAAUGCCUGGAGUGUUUAUCAGAGAAUUAAUCAAAUCUAAUACUAUGAAUCCUGUGUUCAUACUCGAUGAAUUGGAUAAGGUAUCGAAACAUCAUUCAGGCGGUGCUGAUCCUUAUUAUACCUUAUUGGAAAUCUUGAAUCCUGAGGAGAAUCACAAUUUCACCGAUCAUUACAUGGAUAUCAGUGUAGAUUUUUCACAUGUUAUUUUUAUUCUCACAUCUAAUGACACACUUUAAAUGUUAGAACCACUUAAAAAUAGAUUAGAAACUAUUGAUAUCUAGGCUUAUAUUUAAGAAGAGAAAUUACAAAUAGCCACCAACUUCUUGGUUAAUAAAAGCAUAGAAUCAAAUGGUAUCUAAUCCUAAAUGAUUAAAUAUGACGAAUAAGCCUUGACCAAAAUCAUUAAAGCCUGGUGCUACUAAGAAAGUGGAGUCAGAGAAUUAAAGAGAUGCUUAGAAAAGAUUGCAAGGAAACAUGCUACUAAUCUAUUAGCUGCCAAUCCUAAUCUCUGUGAUAAAGUUGAUGAAUUAAAUCAAAUCAUUUUUGAUCCUACAAGUUAAAGUUUAGACUUAACUAAGGAUCAAAACUUAGAAUUGAUAUCUUAAUAUUUAGGUCCUCCUGUUUUUGAUAUCCAAUUAGAACAAAGAUCCAUUAAGAAAUUUCCACCUGGACAAGUCAACAUUUUGACAGUAGGCGGAAUGAUUGGACAUGUUUUAACUGUUGAAAGUUGUUUUGAUUUGAGUGAAACAGAAAAGAAGGGUUCAAUAUAAGCCUCAGGAAAUAUCAAAUUAGUUUUAUAAGAGUCUCUUAAGCUAGCCAAGAUAAAUGCAUUUAAAUUCUUGAAUGAAGAACUAAAACUAAAAUUAUAGAACUCUGCAAUUCAUAUGCAUUUCACAGAAGGAGCCACUCCAAAAGAUGGUCCUUCUGCAGGAACUGCUAUUACAACAGCUUUAUUAAGUUUAGUUAUGAAUGUUGUUGUGCCCAGUAACUUAGGGAUGACAGGAGAAAUAUCAUUAAAUGGAUAAGUUUGUAAAAUAGGUAUUUAAUACUUUAAUUAAUAGGUGGACUAUAACAAAAAUUGAUUGCUGCAAAGACUCUGGAUAUUGUUGACAUCAUUCUUCCAUAUGCUAAUUUAGGGGAUGCAUUAAAUUUACCACAACAACUCAUCAAAGGCCUAAACUUAUACUUUGUCACAGAUUACAGACAAAUUUACGAAUUGAUAUUCGAGCAACAGAUGGCUAAUAAUAAUUAUACAAUUAAUAAAAUUAAAAAUGGAGUAUAUGAAACAGAUUAAAAUGGAACUAAAGAACAAAUAUAAUGUACAAUUAAUUAUUGA